UCAUGAAUAAAAAACCAAGGGGAGUUAAGUUCAUAGGACGCAGGAAAGUUCUCCGCAGACAAAUGUUUGGCGCUCUCCAUGACCGAGUACACGUAGAAAUCCCCGAGAACUGAGCUGCGGGCUGCACACUCGGAACAAGCACAAGACCGGAGAGCCGUUUCACUGGGGGAAUAGAGGAAGAGGAGAGGAAGGGGGCGAAAGAGAGAGAGAGAGAGAGAUCCUAUCUCACUCUCCAACUUGAGGUUCAGCGGAUCACAACUGCAGGACAAUGUCUAGUAAAGCGACUUUAGCCUUACUCAUCUAUGGAAUCAUAAUGCAUUACAGCGUCAACUGCUCACCUGUGGGGCUUAGCUUUCCAAGUGUUAGACUUGACAGUGAGGUGUAUGAUGAGGAUGGGAACUCUUUACCGUCCCUGGAUUACGACAGAGAGCAGAUGGAAGUGAGGAGCCCUCCGUCUGCGGCGGACGACGUCUUCACUUUGUAUUUCCCACCAGAGAAAAGAACGGAAAGGCAUGCAGACGGCAUGUUUAAUAAAGCCUACAGGAAAGCGCUGGGUCAGUUAUCAGCAAGGAAAUAUCUGCAUUCUCUGAUGGCAAAACGUGUAGGCGGGGGGAAAACGCUGGACGACAGCUCAGAGCCUUUGUCCAAGCGACACUCAGACGGGAUCUUCACAGACAGCUACAGCCGCUACCGGAAGCAAAUGGCAGUCAAGAAAUACCUGGCAGCAGUCCUGGGGAAAAGCCUUGAAGACAUAGGUUUUCACCCAAUCCUACAAGACAUAGACUUUGAUGCCCUCCCGGACGGGGAUGAGAUUGAGGCUUUUUUGGGAGACUGGCUGAAACAGUUCUCUCCCGAAUUUCCGGUGAGUUUCAGGCUCUUUCCCGAGGCCGUAAUCCUUGCAGGGGCUUCUCAUGUCCCUUCCUUUUUCUUCUCACCUUUGACCCCUUCAAGCAUUCUUCCGCCUCAUUUGUGCUCCUGUCUCUCUAGAGUCUCACAGAUUUUACCCUUAAUCCUCCCAUAAUGUGGAGAGACUUGGCUUGGACCGAUAUGUCAUUGCUGAUUGAUAACAAAGUUUUAUGGAACAAAGAUGAUAAUUCUUUAAGUAGACCUGGUUUAAACCAGAUGAGCCUAGCUGGCACUUUACACUAACCACUUUUAAGAUACCCCUUUUUUAAAUUCAACAUGGGACCAUUCAAAUCUGAGAUGAGGACCAGAGUACUUUUGAGGUUUUUCUUUCUUCCGCACUAUUUACAGAGUGAGCUCACACCUUUGACUCAUGUAAAUUGCCAAUCCUGUGUUUCUAUCAACUGGUUUCUGCUGAAGAUUUUCUCUCUGUCCAUAUAAUAAGUAUCACUAACAUAUAUCGGGCAACUUUUAAAAAAGGCAUAAAAAAAUAUAAGAAAUGAUACUUGUUACAUGGUCGCUCAUUCAUCGAUUUGCUCUUGAGAGACAUACGAGGCAGUUUGAACUUUUGUGUUUGAACUUUCUGGGUCUAUUGUGCUUCCUUUUCUGUCAUGUGAACCAAUGUAAAAAAGACAAAAAAAAAAGAAACAGUAGAUUGCAUGAUUAAAGUAAUUGCACUAGCCACCGCAUCUGUGCAGCCGACUCCAAUUAGAUGGUUUUGCUUGCUUUCUGACUACUGCAAACAUACAUACCUGUCAUUUCUCGAUGUCGUUUUGUGUUGUGUUCUCACAUUUCUACACAAACUGUAUGUCAAACUUGAAGAAUUAUCUGAAUGUACUUACUGCUGGCAAGAACCACUCAGUCAAAUGUCAUGCUUUAUCAUUCUGUUACUAAACCAAGUGAUUUUGUUUUAAAUUGUAAUAUACAAUUUGAAGUGGUCUUUUUCUGUAGAAUGCCACCAAGGCUGCCAUGAUUGACACAAUUAGAGUUAAAGAAAAGGAAGGGUGAGAUGAAAGCACACAAGAAGAAAACGUUUUUAGAGAGCUAUCUAUCAAUCAAAGAAACAAUGACCAAGAACGUGCUUAUUUAGAAAACUGGAUGCAGUUUGUAAAAUCUGCAGGAUAAGACUGACACAUUCCCCCCGUCUUUAUUACACUUCUUACCAUAUUUGUGAGGAAGGAAUACAGAGGGCAGGGUAAAGCUAUUAGAUCUGUGUUUAUUGUAUCAAUCUUUCUUUAAUUUUGCAUUCUCCUCUAGGAUUUGUGACGCAGGAAGCAGUUUGCGGCUGUGGUGCCUUGCAUCGACUUUAAAAUCGCCAUUGAAUCACAGAUGGCUAUUUAGUGGCCCUACAAUGCUGCACAUCAUCAGCUUACAUUUCACUCUUUUGUUGUUGAGAGUUGUUUUUGUGUUGCACAGACGUUUGAUAGAAUCUUUAGAAACUCCAGCUUAAGACAACAAGCGUCCUCGCUUGCAUUGCUUUCUUUUGCACUUUGUUUCUAGAGCACUAGACUAGAUUUUUGUGAACAUAGAGGGAAGAAUCAGUUUCCCGCUCUCCAUGAAACGUUAUAUGUAUGAUAAUGAAAGCGCCAAUAGCCUUACAAAAAUGAAAUAAUCUUCAAAGAUAUAUAUAUAUAUAUUUAUUGUGUAGAAAGUGAAUAUUAGAUUACUACUUCAAAUGGCGAUCUGCAAGGGUCAAUAAAUGUCUAAAAA